AUGGCAAUUGGACAGGGCGAUGCGAAGAAGGGCUCUCUUGCCACGAGCUUGAGCUUCUCAAACUGCAGGAGCAGCACAAGAAUCUUCGGGAGGAAGAGAGUCGCCGUCUCGCCGACUCCAGGAUCCCGGAGCCCGCACUCGCCGGUGCGCACCCUGCGCAAGCAGCGCAGCGUCCGGUUCCACAUGGACGACGCCGUCAACCUCAUUGAGUCGCUGCCGCAAGAUGUUCUGAUUAAAAUCCUGUGUAAGGUGAACCACAGUGACCUGAGGCAGCUCUUCCUGGUAUCAAAACCAGUCAACGAAGCGACAACUGUUGCUAGAGAGCUGCAUUUCAAGUUUUCAACGCCGUCGGCGAAGUCUGUUUUUAGAGACGAGGAAACCGGCGACGACGAGGACGGCCCCGGCGCGCCCAAGCAACGCAGGGUUGCAAAUGCAAGGUCGCGCUUGCGGGGCAAAACCCUGGAGGGCAUCGCCGUCAACCUGUCGGCAUCAUUUGAGAGCUUGAUCUCCGAGGUUUAG